AUGAAACAAUUUGAUAUAAAUAAACAUGGCAAACCAAACUCAAAAUUAACCACACCAAGAAUUAUAUAUGAUAAAGAAAUCCAGGAAAACGUAAAAAAAUUUAAUAAAUGUUGGGUAAUAAUUCAUGGGAAUGUCUACGACUUAACAAACUAUAAGACACACCCAGGUGGUAGUAGCAUACUUUGGAAGUAUAAAGGAAAAGACUGUACAAAAAAAUUUGAUGAAAUUGGCCAUUCAAUAGAAAGUUUAUUGUAUGACCUACCUGCAGAUUGUUUUAAAGGUAUAAGUGGUGGAAGUAACGAUGGAUGUAAUGAUACUUCUAACCAAUGUGCGUUUUCCAAUAACAAUGCCAAUAAUCCAACUCAUAACAGCUCCGUUUUAAACAACAAUAUGAAUAUUUCCACAGUUUCUGCCAAUAAUGUCGGUGAUAGCGCAGUUAACAUUAAUACCUUCAUAACAGAAACGAAUACCUCUCAUCGCACUAAUUUGGAUACGCUUUUAUUCACAAUAUAUCAGUAUUAUAAGGGAAUUAAACAAUAUAACAACCCUACUAGGGAAUAUGAAGAUAGUUAUUUUGGUGACCCCGAUGAUCUUACGAGCACAAGUGGUAGCAUUAAUAAUAGUAGAGAUUCAAGCAAUCAAAGCUUCGAUUUACGUAAUAAUUCUUAUAAUAAUACCAGUAAUAAUAAUGAAUUGAAUAGCAUAAAGUUAUUAAACCAUAACUAUAAAAAAGAACAACUGCAUGACCAUCAAAUAUUAGAAAGGGAACAGCAACAUUUCGAAACAUUUAAAAAAAUUCUAUUGUUGAUGGUAGCUGUUGUUGUGGCUGGCUUACUUUUAACUUUUAUUAAACUGCACAAAAAUAGAAAAUAUUCGGAUUUUAUGUUUGAUCAUCAUCAGGACAGUGCUAAUAAUAAGAAAAAGAUUUCAGACAAUUUUCAAGUAAUGCUCAGUCAUAACUAUGAUGGAACAGAUGGGAAGGACAAUUAUAACUAUAUACCAUCUUGGUACGAUGGCAUUAUUUGA